AUGCUCUUCUGCAGUCCUUCCACAAACCGGAAGAGACUGGUGAGCGGAAGGCGAAGCGGCGAAAGAUUGAGCAUGUCCAGGAAGAUCGGAAUGAGCUUAGGAGACGACGAGAGCGAUGAUGAGGAAGCCGCUCCUGACUCCAACGAUGACGACGGCCAGGACGAUCCAUACGAACUGCAUUUUGCGAAUCCAGACGACGGUGAACUAUCGCGACGUCUCGCAUCCAUACAAGGGGGCAAGUGGAGCAAUGAGAAGCAGGCAGUGGGUAGGCAGACGAAUCUAGUCAUCUCUGUCCCGGAAGCCGCGAAAGAGCGAUCCCUUCUCAGACCCAAACUGUCUGGACCCAAGAAACUUCAUCUGAAAGAGCGCCUUGCCAAGAACAUAUCCCAUUCCGACUUCGAGAGCGAGGCGGCGCAAACCUUGGCUCCGUAUGUCUUUGCGUAUCAGGAUGUCCUCGCGAGUGGUCGCACGCCACAGAAUGCACCAUCGCUCCGGAAUCUUUCGGCCCUCCAUGCUGUAAAUCAUGUCCUCAAGGGACGCGAUAGAGUGCUCAAGAACAAUGAGCGACUCAGUCAUGCCGACUCCGCUGAAGUCAAUGCCCAGGACCAGGGAUUCGUGCGACCGAAAAUCCUCAUCCUCACCGAAACGCGCCAAAUGGCUGCAAACUACGCAGAUGCUAUUGUCGAAGUCUUCAAGCCAGAACAACAAGAGCAUAGAAAGCGGUUUGAUGAUGCGUUCAGAGAUCCUUUGGAUGACCGUCAGACGAUGCCUGAAGACUAUCGCGAGCUAUUUGGUGGCAACAACGACAACAGCUUCCUCACGGCGCUCAAAUUCACAAGAAAGACUCUUAAAUUCUACUCGGGCUUCUAUAACAGCGACAUCAUUCUCGCUUCACCACUGGGACUGCGAAGGAUCAUCGAAAAUGAAGACAAAAAGAAGCAAGAUCAUGAUUUUCUAUCAUCGAUCGAAAUCUUGAUAGCAGAUCAAGCAGAUGGGAUGUAUAUGCAGAACUGGGAUAACUUGCAAGUGGUGUUCAACCACCUCAACCUAGAGCUGAGGCAAGCUCAUGACUGCGACUUUUCUCGUGUCCGCCCUUGGUAUCUCGAUGGGCAUGCCAAGCACCUGCGGCAAACCAUUCUAUUUUCGGCCUAUAUUACUCCAGAGAUGAAUAGAUUGUGGAGCGCGCACAUGCUGAAUGUCGCAGGCAAGGUCAAGCUUACACCUAUGUACGCAGGUGCAAUCACGGAAGCCUCCGGCCUGGGUAUUAAGCAGACCUUCUCUCGCUUCGACUCCUCAUCUCCAGGAGAUGAUCCUGAAGCGAGAUUCAAAUACUUUACCACUGCCAUUCUGCCCAGGCUUCUUCGCACCGGUGCGCAAGGGACACUAAUAUUCAUUCCUUCCUACUUCGACUUCUUGCGCAUACGCAAUUUCUUCGCCGGCUCUACGCUUACGGAAGAAACAUCCUUCGGCACCAUACACGAUUACAGCGAGGUUUCAGACCAGCGACGAGCAAGAUCUCGCUUCUCAAAUGGAAAGCACAGCAUACUGCUAUACACGCAGCGAGCACAUCAUUUCUUCCGGCUUAAGAUCAGAGACGUGAAGCGGGUGAUCAUGUAUGGCAUGCCGGACAACCCCAUAUUUUACCAGGAGCUGGUCGAGGGUUACCUAGGCACAAGCAUCAGCGAAGGGAAAAUCGAGGCUGCCGAAGCGAACGUCCGAGCGAUUUUCAGCAAAUGGGAUGGCCUGCGCCUCGAACGAGUUGUGGGCAGCGAGAGGGUGAAGAGCAUGCUAGCUGGGGCUGGAGACACGUUCGACUUUGUUUGA